AUGGAGGGCAGUGUUCCCAUGGACCUUCCCAAGGAUGGCGGCGCUCCCAGGGUCCCUCACACGGGCGUCGACGACAACAGGCGGCCUCUCAGGGGCGCCGACGCUCUCAUGGGCACUCCCAGUGACAUCGGCGCCCACAUAGACCAUCCCAGGGGCGGAGAUGCCCCCAGGGUCUCUCCAGGAGCGGCGCCCCCAGGAGCCUCGUCAGGGGGCCUCCUCAGAGGCGGUGCCCCCAGGGACCUCCCAGGAGCGGUGCCCCAUGGGUGGUGCCCCCAGGGGGGCCUCCCCAAGAGCGGUGACCUCAGAUGGUCUCCCCAGGGCAGAGACCCCAGGUGCCUUCCCAGGGGCGGCUCCCCCAGAGGCGGUGACGCACCUAGCAGCCCUCCCAUGGACAGGGACGACACCAGGGGCCUUCCCAGGGACAGCAUCGCACCCAAGGGCCUUCCCAGGGACCGCGGUGCCCCAAGGGGCUCUGUCAGGUACAGUGGCGCCCCCAGGGGCUAUCUAAAGGUUGGUGGCGCCCAAAGGAACCAUGCCGGGGGCGGUGGCGCCCUCAGGGGCCCUUCUAGGGACGGUGGUGCCCCCAGAAGCCCUUCCAGGGACAGGACGCCCCCAGGGACCCUCCAGGGACCGCAGCACUCCCAGUGGCCCUCCCAGAGGCGGUGGUGCCCCCAGGGACAAUGCCAGGAACAGGGGUGCACCCAGGGGCCAUCCCAGAGACCAUGCAGACCCCAGGGUCCCUCCAAGGGACAUCGGCGUAUACUGGGCCCUCCCAGGGACAGCGGCACUCCUAGAGGCCUUCAUAGGGUCGGUGGCACCCCUAGGAUCCCUGCCAGGGACGGCGGUGCUCCCAGAGGCUCUGUCAGGGGCGGUGGAGCCGCCAGGGGCCGUCCAAGACACCGGGAGCUCCAAGUGGCCCUCCCACAGAGAGCGACGCGCCCUGGGGCCCUCUCAGGGGCGGUGAAACCCCAAGGGGCGCUGCCAGAGCCAGGGACACCGCCAGGGGCCCUGUCAGGUGCCUCGAUGCCCCCAGGGGCCCUUCUAAGGACAACGGCGCCCCAAGGAGCCCUUCCAGAGACCUCAGCCCAUCAAGGGGCACUCCCAGUGACAGCAGCAGCCCCAGGUGCCCUCUCAGAGUCAAUGGUGACCCCAGGGGUUCUCCAUGGGCGGUGA